CCAGGCCAUGGAGCGCUACAAGCGGGAGAUCGCCAAGAGCGCUGCCGCAGAGCGCAGCCUCCUGCAGAACUAUGAGGUCAAGCUCAAGACCAACGUCAACGACGAGAAGCUCGAGGCCGACAUCAAGAAAUCGCGGGAGAUCAGGAACCAGAACGAGAUAAUGCAGCAGAUCGAGAGGAACAAGGACAGACGUGCGCACGAGAGGCGGGAGCACAUCGAGAACGCCUCGAUGCACGCCUACCCGCUCUUCUCGGAGACCUUCAUCGAUGAGGCGGAAGUGGCGAGGAUCCGCAAGAAUCAGCGGGAGCAGUGGCGGGAAGACCUGAAGCACCAGAUGGUCACCCAGGACAUCCUGAAGAACAUCGAGGAGGUCCGGCAGCGCGACCUGGUGCAGAAGCAGAAGACGAAGCACCUGGUCAGCAUGCAGCGCGAGCGCGGGGCGGAGCAGCAGAGGCUGCGUCGCCAGGGGAAGGAGCUGGUGGCCGCGUGGGACAAGGACCUGCAGCUCAAGAGCUUCCGGAAGGCGGUGCUGCAGGGGGAGCAGCCGCCGCACACCCCAGGCGCCCCGUACGCGUGAGGGGGGGCCGGCUCCGAGCGGCGCCCGCGCGGCAGCCUCCGGAGGCCCCGCGUGUCCUCCCCCGCCACUCCCUUGGAAAUUUCUCGAACUGGAUCGACCCGUGACUGUCUCUGGGGCCCGAGGGGGGCCAACAGGAGCGCCCGUCGUGCUUUCUUUUUCUCACGUCGCCCGGACGUCGGGCUCUGGCGUGUCUCUGCCGGCGGCGCUGCGCGCGUGCCCAUGGCACCGCAGGGCCUGCGGCAUAGCGCGCGCACGCCUCCCCCCCGCGGCGGCGCGCCAACGGGGCCCGCCGCCAAGUGGGGCGCUCGAGGAACUGCGCGCCCUCCCAGCGCCUCGCGUCCGGCGGAACCGUAUUUAGACGGGCCAACGGCGAUGUAGGCUUCGGCGACGCAGGUUUCGGCAGUGUGGGAACGCGUGGCUCGCGCUCUCCUCCAAUUCGCUGUGUCGCGUUUGCUCGGCCC